UUAUUUCUCCAAGAGGGAACAACGAUCUCAGAGAGGAAGAGAGAGAAAAAAAAGAGCGAGAAGAAGUUUCAGAGAGAGGCCGGAAUAUUUGUGGGAUCACCGGAAUCAUAUGCGAUCUUCCGGAGAAAGUGUAUCGAUUUGGGCUAAUUGGGUCUGUUAUUCGGAUCGGUGUGUUUUGUUUGUUGGGGGGGGUGAACGGAGAUGGUGAAUUCUAUGGUGGAACGCGCCACGAGCGACAUGCUCAUCGGUCCUGAUUGGGCCAUGAACAUUGAAAUUUGCGAUAUGCUCAAUCACGAUCCUGGGCAAGCAAAAGAUGUUGUUAAAGGUAUAAAGAAACGCAUUGGAAGUAGAAAUCCAAAAGUUCAACUUCUUGCUCUCACGCUGUUGGAGACCAUUAUAAAGAAUUGUGGGGACAUUGUCCAUAUGCAUGUGGCAGAGAAAGAUGUGCUCCAUGAGAUGGUGAAAAUAGUAAAGAAGAAGCCUGACUUACACGUCAAAGAGAAGAUAUUGAUCUUGGUAGAUACCUGGCAAGAAGCCUUUGGAGGACCAAGAGCAAGAUAUCCACAAUACUAUGCUGCUUACCAGGAAUUAUUGCGUGCUGGAGCAGUAUUUCCACAGAGAUCUGAGAGAGCUGCACCUGUCUUUACCCCUCCACAAACGCAACCAUUGUCUUCAUAUCCACAGAAUCUGCGCAAUUCUGACAUUCAUCAAGAUACAGCUGAGCCGUCUGCAGAGUCUGAGUUUCCUACCUUGAGCUUGUCAGAAAUUCAGAAUGCACGUGGCAUAAUGGAUGUUCUUAUAGAAAUGCUUAGCGCAAUUGAUCCAGAGAAUAAAGAGUGCCUUAGACAAGAGGUUAUUGUUGAUUUGGUGGAACAGUGCCGGACAUAUAAGCAGAGAGUGGUACACCUUGUUAACUCCACCUCGGACGAAUCACUUUUGUGUCAAGGACUAGCAUUGAAUGAUGAUUUGCAGCGUGUACUAGCCAAGCAUGAAGCCAUUUCUUCAGGAACACCUGGUCUAAUAAUAAAACCUAAACCUGAAUCUUCUGAUGCACUUGUAGAUGUUGAUGGCCCUCUAGUUGACACUGGAGACAGCAGCAAACAGCCUGAUAGGAGAUCCACCUCAAGUGCUGGUGCAGGGGCUAAUUCACUGAAUCAAUUAGCGCUUCCUGCUCCUGCAGCUAAUGGUCCAGCUCCAACAACAAUGGUUGAUCCUAAAAUGGACCUACUAAGUGGAGAUGAUUUUAGUUCACCAAAGGCAGAGGCUUCUCUGGCUCUUGUUCCUGUGGAGGGACAACAACAAAGCACUCCAGUAUCUCAGCAGAAUGCUCUUGUUCUUUUUGACAUGUUCUCUGACAGUAACACCACCACAAAUUCUGUAGAUGCCCAGUCUGCUAAUCCCCAAGGACAAACCAGCUCUUUGGCUCCUCCUGCCCAACACCAGCAAAAUUUUGCGUCACCGCAAGGUGGAUUUUAUCCCAAUGGAACAGGCCAAAAUAUGGGAACAUCUCAGUAUGACCAGUCCCUCUAUACACAAGGCGGUGGUCCUGCCUGGAAUGGUCAGAUUGCUCAGCAGCAGCAGCAGGCGCUUUCACCAGUUUAUGGUAAUCAAAGCAGUGGAGCAUUCCCUCCACCACCCUGGGAAGCUCAGUCUACCGCUGAUGGAGGUGCAAGUGCACAAUUUCCCCCACCACCACAAGUUAGUCAAGUAGUUGUCUCGCAUUCACAGGGUGGCUCCCUUCCUCUAGGACCUCAACCAAUGGGGAAUGACCAGGUAGUUGGUAUGUAUAUCCAACCGAUUACUGGUAACCAUUUGUCAGCAAUCAAUAACCAGGUUGGUCCAAACAAUCAGUUGGGUUUUCAUCCUCAACCAGGCCAUGGAGGGCCAUACAUGGGCAUGCAUCCUCAGCCAAUGCAAGCAGGCCAGAUGAUAUCAGCUGGUUAUGGCAGUGGCUAUGGUCAACAGAUGGCUGGUUAUGGCGGUGGCUAUGGUCAGCAGAUGGCCGGCUAUGGUGGCUACGGUCAGCAACAACAAGGGCCACAAUACCUUGAACAGCGAAUGUAUGGUCUAUCUGUUAGGGAUGAUAAUGGAAUGAAAAACUCAUACCAGGUUUCUACCUCAUCUUAUGUGCCACCUAGCAAGCCUUCCAAGCCAGAAGAUAGACUAUUCGGUGAUCUUGUUGACAUAUCAAAGUUCAAGUCUCCUGCUGCUAAAACCAAGCCGGGCAGAGCUGGUAGCAUGUGACAUAGAUAUUGGUUGCACCUGUUUUUUUUCCCCUACCCCCUUUUUUCUUUGAAUUUUUUUUUCUACUUUUCAUUAUUUGGUUAUCUUCCAAUGCAUAUGCUCCUUUUUUGGCUCAUUAUUUUGUGUUGGGUUUUUAGUGUACAUUCUUUGUAGAGAAAAACGUGAAAAAAGGGUGAUCUAAGGAUUAGAUUGAAUUUAAGAUAUUUGGAUUUUACCAUAUUUUUUUGGGAUAGCCAAGAUCCUUUUAUCACUUGGAUAUUUUAAGUGGAGACAAUUUCACGUGUA